GUGAAAGUCGCUUUGCCGCGUGUUUGCUGUGCUGUGUGUGAGAGGAGCGCUGUCGCGUGAAGUGGGAGGGUCAGUGCUGCUGAUGAUGUCAGUGCCGAGGGUUCAGCUGGACUGAGUGACUGACUGACCGCUGGAUCUCAUCUGAACCGCCGGAGCCGUUCCCAGCGCGAGGAAGUGUUGAGUGUUGGAUAUUCUGGUCACUCUUCUACAAUAUCAGCCACAGUUGCCGGGUCCAUCAGAAGAGGCACGUUUAGAGCCGAACAAACAUCUGAACAUGAGGAGCAUCAUAUGUUUCAUAUGUGUUUUUCUAUGUCUGAGAACCGCAGCUUCAGAUUCCAGUCCGUUCUGUGAGCUGAAUGAUGUUCCCGGACACAGCAACGAGUGGAUCGUCCUGGAGGAAAUGUCUCUAGGAUGCUGGACGAACUUCAUCAGUCAGGACGGGAAAGAAGUCCACAUCCUCAAGCUGCUGAAAGGACAGCAGUCAGUAUCAGAACUCAACUUAACAGCGGCAAACCCAUCAGUGGUGAUCAUCACCUCUAGCAGCGCACAAACCAUCUUGCUUCACGACAGUCCCGCAGUGAACAUCUACGUGACAAACGGGACCUCAAUACACUUAAUCCUGUCAAAUAGCGGAAGUCCAAAAACACACGUCGCCCCGUUCGCAGACAGCGAUUCCGAAGUUCUGGAAUGGGCAGCAAAGACGUUUGGUGGAGUGACGUCCUUCACCACAGCACGAGAUCCCGCGAUCAUCACUUUCACCGGGAUAACAGGUGCUCAGCGACCAUCAACGUGUGACCUGCAGCCGGAAGCACAAGCAGAUAAACAGUUCAUUGAUCUGAAGCUGACACUUCCAUCUGAUGAGCUGAAAUCAUGCCACACAGAGCUUUCUAAAGAACAACUGCACGUGAUCAAUAUUCCUGAUGACAUCAAAAUACGGAAUGUAUCUGUGCAUUUACCACACAACUCUAAAGUGGUCCUUAGAGGUCCAGCAGGCACUGUGUGGAACAUCGCCAAUGAUAUUCAGUUACUGUCGAACAAUCAUAUAUCCUUCAAAGGGUUCAGUUUGCCUCCGAAGAAAAAUAUCUCAGAUGACCCUAGAGAAAUCAGGCAGAAGGCAUUGUCAUACUACAACAGCACUUCCGUCACAAGUUACUCUGAGAUCCGCCUGAACGUGUCACACAUCCAGCUGUGGAUCAGGGACAGCACAAGCCCCUCAGUAUCAGCAGAAGUGAAGCACACUACACCAGCACCCAGUACUUCUACACUUCAGAUGCAGCUGUUCUCAUCCCCAGACUACAGGUUGCCUCUGGAUCCCAGCAGCAAAGUUCAGAGUGACAAGAGAGUCUAUGCAGAGAUCUCAACUGAGAGUUAUGGAGAGAUUUCCUUAAGCAUUAAGAUCAGCAGCUGUAAGGUUCGCUCCAUGCAAGUGGUGAUGCAAAUGCCGUUCAAAGAGGAGGGGGCCUGUUACAUUAAGGACUGUCCUAAGAGACUCAGCUUCUCCUUUGAGAUGCUUCAGGACCUGCCGUCCAGCUCGUGGGAACUCGAAUGUGCAGUUCAACUUUGUCAUGGUAAAAUGUUUUGUACAAACGAAAUGCACGUCAAGAGGAGCUUGCAGGUCAAGCCAUAUAUUCCAAACGCAAAUCGCUGUUUUGAGUUCGGGCUCUCAGCUGUUCUAGGAAUCGCGUUCGGGGGAUUUCUGAUCGGAGUUCUCCUCACUGGUGCUUUAUGGUUCAUUAAGAUACGAACAGGGCAUCCUGUGGCUCUGGGAAUGAGAUCAACGGCAGCCGAGCUCUCAGUCCUCUCUAUAUCUGGAUGCCCGUGUGGUUUGACCAAACGGCAGCCAGUGCCCACCCACUCGUCUCCCUCAGAGAACAGCAGCGCCAACGCCAGCAUUGGCAGCACCCAGAGCACGCCCACCAGCAGCAUGGCAUAACGCCAUCGCCAUGCGUCCCUUCGCUCCUAACCCUCUCUCCCUCUCAAAGCCAUGUCGCUCGAUAUGUCCCAUCGUCCCGAGCGAGAGAAAAAGAGAGGCAGUAGCAAUCCUGAAACGUUCCCUGUACCUCACAAUGCUCCAUUCGCUUUCCCGGCUACGGGAAGUCAGUGGGGACGAAGAACAAAAAAAGAAAAAGCUUGGCUCCCAGAGACAGGAAAAACAACGCAUAACCCCCAGGAACUAACAGGAAAUUCGUCGCAUUCUUGCACCGGUGCCUCUCUGAUGGAGGCGAACUAAGAUUUCGCAGACAAACAGCGGUCUGACGCAUCAGUUCGCUUUCAGACAUGGCUAAAUGUAGCUCAAAGAGACGACCGAACAAACGUCAGACCGCCCCAUAUCCAAACACUCGACUGUGGACUGACCUGAUGAAAUAUUCAAACAAAUCAAACUAUUGGACAUGAACAUAAGGAAGCCCUUUUUUAGUUUUAGAGUUCUUACUGAAAAGGCUGUCUAAAAUGGGACAGAUUGGGAAAUGGCUACCUCGAAGUCUCUGUGGAUGUAGAUUUGUUUAAUAUUUGUUUAACCAUAAGUAAACAGUUGCUGAAUCGCAUGAAAUCUGUCAAAAUGUGUCCUAUUUAACCCCCAAAUCAACAGAAAUACAGAAGCAUUGUUUUGUUAUUUUUUUUUUUUUUUCGCAAUUUGACAUUAUCUAAUUUUUAUUACUGAUGUACAAAAAAGAUGACGUUAUUAAGAGUUCAAAUGCAAAAGCCUCUAAGUGCUGUGUGAAAUGUUCUUCUUAAAAUGAGCAUUUUUAUCAGGCUGCUAUAUUUAUGUUCAUUUAUUUCAGUAAUUGCAAAGAAAAUGCAUUACCAUUACAGUAAAAUUAGUAAACCUAAGCAUAAGAGCCUGAUAAAAAUUCUUAUAUUAGAUUUUUAGACUGCACUUAGAGGCUUUCGGAUAUGAAAUAUUCAUAUAAAUGAAUUUAUCCUUUGAUUAUGGGGUGAAAUAUGACCCAAAAUGUUUUCAUGAGAUGUAUUGUUUAUAUAUAUAUAUAUUUUUUUAAUUGUGUAACUUUGUCUUCAUUGAGUGACAAAAUAUAUUUUAAUUACUUUAGUAAUUAAGUAACUUUAAAGGUGUUUUUUGUGUGUUCUUGACCAUAAUAUGUAGAUUCUUUAAGCAGUGAAAUCAGAAUAAAGCAGAUUCAUAACUAAAUAUGUAAUUUCCAUAUAUUGGGAACUCAGCUUUUUCCCCUAUGAUUUAAAAUUUUGCAAAGGCAGUAGAACCAAAACCUCUUAUGUGAUUAGCUUAAUUUACAAAAGCAUACUAUAUGUUACACAUUUUGUGUGUAUUUAUGUACACUGAAAAAAAUGGGUUGGAAUCAAUUUAUUUUAGCUACAUUUAAAUAAAAAAAAAUUGACUGACUUUCAUCUAAAUGUGUUUAUUUAAAGGUAGCUAAAAAAAAGGGUUUGCAACUACUUACCUUAAAUUUAUGAAAAAAGUAUGUAUAUUUUCAGUGCAUUUGUAUAGAAGAUUACAUUUAUUUGUCUUUUUAUAUGACAAAAGAGCUGGAGAUUAUAUAAAGUGUGUCAAAAACCAAAGGGCUAGUUGAGAAAAAUCUGUGGUUGUCAACCCUCAUCUUUCCAAGCUUGUAUGACUUUCUUUCAUUUGUGGAUCACAAAAGUAGAUGUUUAGCACAAUGCUCACGCUGCUCUUUUUCAUACAGUGAAAGCAGACAGUAACCCGGAGCUGUCAAGCUUCAAAGAGGACCAAAACACCAUAAAAGCAUUAAUUAUGAACACAUUCCAAGUCUACUAAAGCCAUGUUUUGAGCAACGAGCCAAAAUGAAAUCCAUUUUUUAAGCCAGAGAGGAAGAUUUUCAAUGUGCAACAGCUUUAAUUAAGGUGCAUUGCAAAAGUGUAUAUGAAGUGUACUGCUGUGAACUGUUCCUUUAACAUCAGGUGGAUGUGAAAAGCAGGAAAAUGCCACUUGAGCAUUUGUGCAAUAUCUGUGGUAUUUUUUUUUUCAUAUAAUUGUUUGUGUCUAUAUGUUAUUUUUAUACUGGAUUUGUAUAUUAACUCAACAUUUGUACUGCAUGUUCUGUUCUCUCUGCAACAUUUCCAUUUAAAGCACUUACCGUAUGGUCAUUAUCUGAAGUCAUAUUUCUUCUGUUCUACCCAUUCUGAAGAAUCAUUUUAUUCCAGUUGGACAUACUUUAAAUUAAAUCAUGAAAACAUUGA